ACAAAGUUCAUUGUGUUGUCCACAAGGAUUGACAUGAUACUGCAGGAGUGCAUAUGGGUCCUUGUGCUCUAGUUCUCCCAGGGUGCAACACAAAUCUCUGCGCUGGCCUGCUCCCACAAUAAAGAAGGUUGAGGCAUUUAAAAAAAAAACGGACCUUCAAACCAACAUGAAGAGUAUCUUGAAGGGCAAAAAAAUUGAGGCGCCUGAAGCUAACUCUGUCGGAGCUGUACGCUGGAAUAUUCCUGAUGAAACUCCUCAGGCUCAGACUCACAGCUCAGCUCCUACCAAGAGAAGUCCGAGUCCUAGACAAGCGGACGUGAAGGAUCACCGCAACCUGCAGGAAUGCGUUAAGUUUAUCACUCAGUGGAAACAGCAGGUGGAACAUGUCUGCAAGCCCGGCUCCAGUGCAGACGAAGGCCCAAAUAUCAGUGUGCAUGCAGAUCCGCGUAGUCUGGAGCAAUUACGCAAACUCAUCAAUGAGUGGGCACAGGAGCUCAAGAGAGCUGACAAUUUGUUUAGUGAGGGCACUUGGCGACAAGAAAAAAAUGCAUCAGGGGGGCAGAAAGAGAAGAAGCUGGAUUCUGCCAAGCAUAUGGAGCAGAAGAUCACAGAGUGGGCGAAGGAGCUACAGACUGUGUCGGAGAGCUGUGGUGUGAUGAGACCGGAAUUAGUCCUUUUUCUGAAGCAGCUGGAACUGAAGAAGAAGAAAAUCUUGACUCUGUUGCCUUUUUUGGAGUUCAUUACUUGGUCUCUGUUGAAACAGGACAGCGAGGGUGACGUUCCACAGCUAUGGCUCCUCACCAAACAACGUUCAUGGAAAAUAGAGACACCAAAGUACAUCCCAAACUCAGUGUGGAACUGGAUCCUCAGUGCUUCAGUGGACAUCACACUGGACCCCAUGACAAACCACCCAUGGUUGCUGCUCUCAGAUGACAGAAGGAGGGUGCAGGAAGCUCUGAGUGAAACUGAAGUGUCGUUCAGUGACCAGCGCUUUGACAGCUGGCCAUGUGUCCUGGGCUUGGAGGGGCUCACUUCCGGUCGGUACUACUGGGAGGUUGAUAUUGCCAACGAUGGUUACUGGCGUAUCGGAGUGGCCACUGAAUCCUCCCAAAGGCAAGGCCGGUGUCCCAUGAACCCCUCUGAGGGCUUCUGGACAAUAUGGAGAAGCACGCGGCAGUUUUUUGCAUGCACCAAACCGGAGGCCGAGCUACCUCUGUCACUCGUGCCCAAAAAGCUGGGAAUCUACGUGGACUAUGAAGAAGGUCAAGUGUCUUUCUAUAAAGUAGAGACACGCGCACAUAUCUUUACAUUCAUUGCAAAUUUCCGUGAAAAGUUAUUCCCGCUUUUCGCACCUCUGGAUGGACGCACACUUAUCACACUGUCCUCCACAGAAGUCGAACCAGAAGAGUCCUCUCAUGAAAACGUACAAUUCUUUUAACUUGACAAAUGUUUUAACAGGGAACUAAUGAGGGUAGAUAAGUUGCCAUUUUAAGGCUUAAAAACAAAUGCAGCAGCAAAUCAUUGAGAUCUAAGCAGAUUUGAAAGGUGAAUCAAAUGAUCACAGUUGACAGAUCUAGGAUGAGAUCCAGUGGAUACUGUGGCGAUGUUUUAGCUCUGAGGAUUUUCUUAAAUUCCCUCUUUAUGGAAAAUUAUGAAAUUUGGCACACAUCCUCAGACCGCUCUGGCGUCAUUGUGUCAUUUUAAACACUAUGCGCGAAAUGUACAGGUCAGUUAGUCCUUGCGGGAAUGACUAACAACAUGACAAAAGAAUAUAAUUUCUUAAAUCAUUUUGUGAGGUUUACGUCUGGUCUGAAUGAUAUUCUCCAUUUAAUCCAAAUCAAAAAUGCCUAGGAGUACAAUGAAUGAUUUUUAGAAAAUGUGUACAUAUAGUCAAAAAGUCAAAAGUUUACAUACACCUUGUAGAAUCUGCAAAAUGUAAAUUAUUGUACCAAAAUAAGAGGAAUCAUACAAAAAGCAUGUUAUUUUUAAUAUAGUACUGACCUGAAUAAGAUAUUUCACACAAGACGUUAACACAUUUUCCAUUGCAAUCUGUCAUACUUUUCCAGACUUAAAUUUCCAAACCUCUCAGUAGAUUUUCAGACCAUAUUUAACAUAAAUGGUUCAUAGAGCAUUAUUUUCAGCUUUAUAUUUGGUGUAUAGUACAGUCAUCUGUAAAUAUUUGUAUUCCCUUAGGGGUUUUAAUUGAUUUUCUCAAAGUGACAAAAUAUAGAGCCCCUAAAAUAAAAAAAAAAAUACAGACUUUUAAAUGCACACAAGAAACUUUUUUUCUGCCCUCGAGAAACUAUUCACAUGCACAUGGGAACCGUUUUGCAUACUUACACAUUACAAUUUCUAGUUUUAUAUAACUUAUUUCCUUUGUUCAUCACUUACUUACACUUUGUCACAUCUUACUAUGAAUAAAAUGAGAGCAUGGAUGCACAUGAAUUAAUAGAGAUAUGCUUGCUCAAAAUUUUGGCUUUUCUUAUGGUAGUAACUCUAUUAUUAAGGCCUAAUGUCCAAAUUAACACAUCCUCUGUGGCGAUUGAGAAACCAUGACACGAAAUGGGCUGAUGGCAUAAACUUUUACAAGUUCAAGGGUUGUUUAAAAAAAAAAGAUGCAUACUUUGUAGAGGCCAAGAAACCACUCUACAAAAUGGGCUGAUGGCACAAUAGGUGGCUCAGUGUGUAUUGUCCUAUAUGCUAAGUUUAUUUAUUUCUUGUCCGCAAAUAAACGUCCUUAUAUUUUUUUAUUUUUGCAAAGGUCCUGGAGGCUACGUAAUAUGGUGCUAAAAAUAUAGUAAGAAGAAUCCCAAAGUGCUUAUAACCUGCAUUUUGCAUAAUGAAAAAUUGCACUUUGAAUUCAUUGUCAUAUCUGACAGUCACUAAAGAAUCAGAAAAACAGCUGAUAAGAAAACUCACUUCACACAUAAGGACAAAAGUCUGGAAACACAAAUAAUUUUCCAUACUCUGCUCUCUUUUAUCCAUACUUUUCCAAACCCUGAGGAGAAAAUAGUUAAAUUAUAAAAAUGACCCCAUUCAAAAGCUGACAUACAUACACCUGAAUGAUCCACAGCUGUUUUUGUUGUUGUUUAGUGAUAGUUGUUUAUGAGUGCCUUGUUUGUCCUGAACUGUCCGCUGUUCUUAAGAAAAAUCCUUCCAGUCCCACAAAUUCUUUGAUUUUUCAGCAUUUUUGUGUAUUUGAACCCUUUCCAAGAAAAAUGCAUUUUGUCUUCAUUCUGUUCAAAAGUUUACACCUCUGGCUCUUAAUGCAUCGUUUUACCUACUGGAGCAUCAGUGACCAUUUUAACCUUUUGUAAUAGUUGCAUAUGAGUUCCUCAGUUGUCCUCAGUGCCAUUGUUGGAAAGGGUUCAAAUACACAAAAAUGCUGAAAAACCAAAGAAAACCAAGUGUAUGUAAACUUUUGAAUAGUACUUUUUAUAAAUUCAACUAUUAUUUUCUCUUGUGGACUAUAUGUAAACACCUUUCAUGUGAAAUAUCUUAUUCAGGUGAAUACUAAAUAAAAAUAACAUGCAUUUUGUAUGAUCCAUCUUAUUUUGGUAAAAUAAUUAACAUUUUGCAGAUUCUGCAAGGUGUAUGUAAACUUUUGACUUCAACUGUAUAAUGCACAGAGGCAAUUGUGGCAAAUUCUGAGUACACCAUACUUGCCCACGUUAGAUCACUAUCACUACAAAACAUCUGAUUCUAGCCCACAUGAUUGUUAUUAACAAUAAUGUAAAUUUACUUCAUAUAGCACCAUCUAGUGUGGAAAUAAAGUGUGUACACUUAGUGGGUGGGAUUUGGAUCCAUCCUAAUAAAAUUAGGGGUUUUGUGCAUCCAGUAGGUUUCAAAAGCUUGAAGUGCCAACAAUUCUUAAAAUUACUAUAUAAGGCACACUGUGAUUGUCUACAAGCUCCAAACUGAUAGGUGUAACACAUAAAACAUUUUUUUUUCUUUUAACACAUUAAUGUUCAUACAAUGUAAUUGUUUUAUUAUGAAUCUUACAUUCAAGCAAUUUCUUGUAAUGUAUCUUCAUUAUUGAAAACUAUAAAAACUGUACUGUACCAUAAUGCUGGAACCAUAAAAAAAAAAAAAAAAAAAAAAAAAAAAAAA